AUGGCAUCUUCAGUGCGACGUACUGUUGGAAACGGAGACAUAAGUGAACCUGUAACUAUCAUCAAAUGUGAAAUUGAUGACCAAAAUUCUGGUCUUCAUAAUGGUAUUGAUGAUGCAUCAACAACGAUAGCUUUAGGUAUUAAUUCAAUGACGAAUAAUACAUUUGUAAAUAAUACAGAAACUUUAGAUUGUGUGGUUUGUGGUGACCGAGCAACAGGAAAACAUUACGGAGCUAUUUCAUGUGAUGGGUGUAAAGGAUUUUUUCGACGAAGUGUUCGAAAAAAUCCUGUAUAUGAAUGUCGACAUCAAAAUAAUUGUACAAUUGAUAAAGAUAAACGUAAUCAAUGUCGACAUUGUCGAUGGAAAAAAUGUAUUCGAAUGGGUAUGAAAAAAGAUGCCGUACAAAAAGAAAGAGAUCGUCUUGGAAGACCACGUGGUCAUAAUUAUAAUUAUGGAAUGGCAAAUGUAAAAACAAAGUCACAUCUUACUGGUGAUCUUGAUGAGGAUGAAGAUGAUGAUGAUGAUUUAAGUGUUACGGCACUUUUAAAAGCAGAAAAAACAGCUCAAGAAUAUAUUGGCCGACAAAUUCAAUUAGAUAAGCAACCUUCCGAUAAUGAACGUGUUCAAGCGACAUUAGAAACAAUUGGUAUAUCCAUGAAUUAUCAACUUCGUAGUCUUAUUGAAUGGGCAAAAGGUUUAAAAGGUUUUGUUGAAUUAUCUGAUAAUGAUAAAAUUGCACUUUUACGUGGUCAUACAGGAGAAAAUCUCAUUUUGGGUGUUGCAUGUCGUUCAUUAAACUGUGAUGAUUAUUUACUAUUGGGCAAUCAUUAUGUUAUACCAAGAAAUGCCUCUGAUCCAGGUUUAUGUCGUGCAUCUGGACGAAUACUUGAUGAAAUUGUCAAACCAUUAAAAGAAAAUCGAUUAGAUGAAAAAGAAUAUGCUUGUUUAAAAGCGAUUGUUUUUUUCGAUAAUGAUAAUAAAUCUUUAUCAGAUCCAAUGCGUGUUAAAGAAUUACGUCGACGUAUACAAGUUAAUCUUGAAACAUAUAUUAAUCAACAAAGACCAUUGAUGCGUGGUCGGUUUGGUGAAUUAUUAUUAUUAUUACCACCCUUACAAAAUAUAGCACGAUUAAUGGUUGAUCUUGUUGCACGUUAUAAUCAAGAUACAAAACAAGUUGAUGAUCUUAUUAAUGAAAUGCUUUUAAUUUCAAAAGAAAAUGAUCUUGAUUCGAAUGCUUCUUCAAUUGAUACCGAUAUGGAAGACAAUACAUCUCAGGAUACUCAACAAUAUGAUCAUUUAUCAUCAGCUACACCCGUCUCUAAUUCAGUUCUAAUGGGAUCUCGAACAAUCGAUGAUGAACUUAAUGACGUUUCACUUAAUGAAAAUGAUGAUUAUCUAACAGCAAAUUUAUCUCAUAUUCGUCUACUUCAUCCAAAUAUUAAUACAGAUCCGAAUUUAAAUCAUCAUAAUACAACUAUAGGCGAUAAUAAUCGAAUAUCAACUAAUAUUAAUCAGUAUCAACAUGAACAAGUUUUAAAUUAUUUUCCGCCUAUUUCUAACGAAAGAUUCAAAUUAACGAAAUCAAAAUCUACAACAACAACAACGUCCUUACCAUCAAAUCCAACAGUUGAUACAACCUAUGAUCCAAAUAGUGAUAUGAAUUUUUUAUAUGAUCUCGAUACAACUUCAGCGAUAACAUCAACAGCAAGUACAAAUCGACGAUUAGUACAUUCACAAUCGAAUCAAAUAGUUAAUAAUUUAUUUGAUGAUAAUAAUUGGAAUGCAUGA